CACCCGGGGCCCGUGGGAAGAACUGACUCUGGGAGCAGACAGUCUGCAGCCCUGAAUAAAUGUAUAAGAGGGAGAAGAGGAAGGGAGGGCACAUUAGCAGGCAGGGAGAGCAAAGGGAGGGAGAGAGAACAUAUUGAGUGUUGGAGGACAUACAUGCACAGUGUACAGAGAGAGUGAGACACACAGAGAGAGAGAAAGAAAGAGAAAGAAAGAGAGGGAGAAGGAAACCGGUCCAGCUUAUAGGAAGGAGAGAGAGCAUUUUAGCUUCCUUCAAACAUCUCUCCCUCUCCUCCCAGCACAAACACAUGCUCAUACACACUCCCACCCUCUCUUCCCGACACACACACCAUUACAGACACACACAUAUACACACACAGACACGAUUGCUUUAGGGUAUACCAGUCGGCUUUGGCAGUCCUCUCCUUUGUUGUUUUUGCUUUUGGUUAGUCUCAGCGGCAGCGCGGCGUGCGCCUGUAUCGCUGGGGUGGGUGCAUGUGCAAGUGUGUGUGGAGUCUGCGAGGCGGUGUGUGAAGGAUGCCACUAGCAGUACCCGGAAAAUGAGUUUGGAGGAGGCGUGGUGAGCCGAUUCUCUGCAGCUGAACGUCAGUGUGGUCACGGUGGAAGCAGAGGUCUGGACCAGGGAGCUGUCUCAACCCCCAAACCAUUUCAGAUGGAGGUGGAUGCAGAUGAUAAGCGCCAUCGCACACGCUCUAAAGUGCCGGUGGAUCCAGCAUUAACGGAGCUUUUCAGUGUGUACGGCUGCCCUCUGGCCAAGAAGAGAAAAAGUCUUGACAGACAAACCCUAGAAACUUCACCCAAGAGGAGCACCUACCUAGAUGACAUGGACAACUCCACCAUGGAGGAGUGCUACGAGACAGACGGAACUGAGGAGAUGGACGACAGGGAAGAAGAGGAGGAGGAAGGAGCAGUAGAAGAGGAGGAGGAGGAGGGAGAAGUGGAGGAGGAGGAAGAAGAAGAGGAGGUUGAAGGUUAUAUGGACUACAACGAAGAGCAAAUGGAGCAUGAAGAAGGGGAGGUGGAAAGAGGGGACAGAGAGGACGAGGAAGAGGAGGAAGAAGAAGAGGUAGAAGUGGAGCAAGAAGAGGAGGAGGAGGGUGAGGAGGAGAGGGUGGAAGAAGCAGAGGACGAGGAGGAUGCUGUGGAGGAGGUAGACUAUGAAGAUGGAGAGGAUGACGGAGAGCAGAGUCAAGGGCAAGAGGACGAUCAGAUGAGCAGUAGCGAGGGGGCUGAGGGUGACGGCAGAGGUGGCGGUGGCGGUGGCAAUCCCAAAUCUGGCCCAGCGAUGGAGAAGGACGACAACAACAACAACAACAACGAAGAGUACGAAAACUACGACGAGCUCGUGGCCAAGUCCCUCCUCAACCUGGGCAAGAUCGCUGAGGACGCCGCCAACCGAGCCAUGACGGAGUCCGAAAUGAACAGCAACUCCUCGAACAGCGCAGAGGAAGAAGAAGAUGAUGAGGAGGAGGAGGAGGAGGAGGACGAGGAGGAGGAAGAGGAGGAGGAGGAAGAAGAAGAAGAAGAGGAGGAGGAUGAGGAGGAAGACGAUGAGGGGGAAGGGAUUGAACCACAGAGGGGGGAACUGAGUUUGGACGUUGACAGUGAUGUAGUCCGGGAGACGGUGGACUCUCUAAAGCUGCUGGCACAAGGUCACGGCGCCGUACUGUCUGACAAUUUAGAUGGACAGGAAUUUGAAGAUGGAUCACCCGAGAAUGGCGGCCAGAACGACUGCCGUCACAAUGGGGGAAAUGCACACAAUGGUGGUAAUGGACAAGGUAAGACCAACGGUAACGGACAAAUAGAAAACAGCGAUGAGGAAGUGUGUUUAAGCAGUCUGGAGUGCCUACGGAACCAAUGCUUUGACCUGGCGCGGAAACUAAGCGAGACAAAGUCCUCCGACCGCAACGGACCGUCCCAGCUGAACCAUUUUUCAUGCGGCGAUCCCAAUCAACAGGCGCAGCAUCACAGCUACGCCGACUUCCACCACAGCCAAGAGGAGAGGCGGUUACUUGACAGGAACUAUUCCGACAUGGACAAUCUCCUGAAGCUGGAGGAGCAGCUGAGCCCGCGCUCCAAGGCCUUCUCGAGUUGCGCGCAGGACGACCGAUAUCACACGAACCACCGGGACUACGACGAGGACACGGCCUCUGUGACGUCGGACCGGUCGGAGGAGGUGUUUGACAUGACAAAGGGGAACCUGUCCCUGCUGGAGAAGGCCAUUGCACUAGAGUCAGAACGCGCCAAGGCAAUGCGGGAUAAAAUGGCGGCCGAUGUUGCCAGGAGAGACGGUGUGAGGUAUAACCAUGACGACCAUGGCCAUCGGCAUGGAUACGGUAUGGAACGUAAAGCCCGGCUUCCUGAUGGUAUGAAGAAACCUUUCUACCAUAAAGAUGCUUCACGAGCAGACAAGAAGGAAAGUCGAUGUCCGACGCCAGGUUGUGAUGGCACGGGACACGUGACGGGCCUGUACCCCCACCAUCGGAGCCUCUCUGGCUGUCCGCACAAAGACAGGGUGCCGCCAGAAAUUGUGGCAAUGUAUGAGAAUGUUCUUAAGUGUCCUACGGUUGGCUGCACGGGACGCGGCCAUGUCAAUAGCAACAGAAACUCCCACAGAAGUCUGUCAGGUUGUCCCAUCGCAGCAGCCGAGAAGCUGGCCAAAGCCCAGGAGAAGCACCAGGGCUGUGACGGCCCCAAAUCUAACCAGGCUUCUGACCGAGUCUUAAGGCCUAUGUGCUUUGUCAAACAACUGGACUAUCCACAGUAUGGUUACAAGAACAAUGUUUCCACCAGCACGCCCCGCUCCAACCUGGCCAAGGAGCUGGAGAAGUACUCCAAGACCAGCUUCGACUACAGCGCCUUCGACGGCAGCAACAACCACCAGGUGUACGGGAAACGGGCCAUCGCACCCAAAGUUCACGGACAAAGAGACACCUCGCCCAAAGGAUAUGACGCCAAACGUUACUGCAAGAACUCCAGCUCGGCCAGCAGCACCACCAGCACCUACGCUCCCAGCAGCAGCAGCAGCAGCCUGAGCUGUGGAGGUGGAGGAGGGGGCAUGGGAGGGGGAGGGGGGAGAGGAGGCGGGGGCAGCAGUGCCAGCAGCACCUGCAGCAAGAGCAGCUUCGACUACAGCCACGACAUGGAGGCCGCCCACAUGGCCGCCACGGCCAUCCUCAACCUGUCCACGCGCUGCCGAGAGAUGCCUCAUGGCAUGGGGGGGAAACCCCAGGACCUGUGCUCGCAGAGCCCGGGUCUCGAUGUUGAUGAGAACGGUACGUUGGACCUGAGUAUGAGCAAGCGUCUGUGCGGCGGCGGCGGGGACUCGGUGCUCACCCCUCUAGAGCCCAUGUCCCCCCAGAGGCAAGCCGCCCUGCUGGGCUCCCGCUGCUACGGCAUCGGGGACGCCGCCGACUGCUGGGACCUGCCUGUAGACUACACCAAGAUCAAACACAUAGACGAGGACGAGAAAGAGCCGGACGACCUGGACCCGUUCCACGACCUGCUGGACGACCGCUCCUACACCACAGAUGUGAACAUGCCCAGCCCCAAGCCCAAGUACGUCCAGUGCAAAGAGAGUAAGAAGGACCUGAUAACUCUCUCAGGUUGUCCUUUAGCUGAUAAAAGCAUUCGAAGCAUGCUGGCCAACAACGCGCAGGAGCUCAAGUGCCCGACACCAGGGUGCGACGGCUCGGGACAUAUCACUGGCAACUACGCCUCUCACAGAAGUCUCUCCGGGUGUCCUCGGGCCAGGAAAAGUGGGAUAAAGAUCAUCCACAGUAAAGAGAACAAGGAGGACCAGGAGCCUAUCAGGUGUCCUGUCCCGGGGUGUGACGGUCAGGGACAUGUGACGGGGAAGUACGCCUCCCACAGAAGUGCGUCCGGAUGUCCCAUCGCUGCAAAGAGACAAAAGGACGGCUACCUAAACGGCAUCCAGUUCACGUGGAAGUCUGGGAAAACAGAGGGCAUGUCGUGCCCAACGCCAGGCUGCGAUGGCUCAGGUCACGUCAGCGGCAGCUUCCUGACACAUCGCAGUCUCUCAGGUUGUCCGCGUGCCACCUCGGCCAUGAGGAAAGCUCGGCUCUCUGGAGUGGAGAUGCUCACGAUAAAGCAGCAACGAGGCACCAACGGGCUGGAGCAUGAGGAGGACAUCAAACAGCUGGAUGAAGAAAUCAAAGAUUUAAGUGAAUCAAAUUCACAAGUGGAAGCAGACAUGAUCAAACUCCGAACACAGAUCACAACAAUGGAGUCCAACCUGAAGUCCAUAGAGGAGGAAAACAAGGUGAUUGAACAGCAAAAUGAAUCUCUCCUGCAUGAGCUGGCCAACCUCAGCCAGUCACUGAUUAACAGUUUAGCUAAUGUCCAGCUCCCUCAUAUGAAACCACUGGCUCACAAAGAGCUGCCUCUGAGGAACAACAGCUGCUUACAGCUGCACCAGCAAGACCCAAUAAGCGAGCAGAACUUUGAUGCCUAUGUAACCACUCUGACAGAUAUCUACACAAACCAAGACCAGUACCAGAGCCCGGAAAACAAAGCCCUGCUGGAAAACAUCAAACAGGCAGUUCAAGGGAUCCAAGUGUAACCGUUGUGCAGAGGGAGACUUUUGUUCCCUGGCUGUGAGGGGUGUGCAUCAGAUCUGCGUUCAAACACAAAGUGAUGGUUUGAUCUCCUCGGUUCGGUGCAGUAACUUCUAUAGUGUUAUAUAUUCUACAUUCUGUUCUCUGAAAAAAGAGGUAUUAUGCUUAGAAAGACCUCAGAUAUUUCUUUCUUUCUUUUCUUUCCUUUGGGCCUUGCUUUGUGGAAUAACACAAGAGAAUAAACGGCAAAAUAGUUUUUGAGGACAUUCACAUUUUGUACGUUUUCAUAUGAGCUGACAUAGUGUCAUGUAAUGUUUCUAGCUGCUCAUGUAUGCACAUUUUUAGUGUAUAUUUCUGAACAGUAAGCUAAACGCUAACGGAACGCGAGUUCUUUUUAUUGCUUGACAAACGAAGCAUUUUAGAUGAAAAAACUGGACAGUGGAUCAAAUGAAACACGAGUACAAGCAAGGAGGAGACGACUUCUUUUUCUCCCAGACGGAUGAUUUUGGACUGGAUGAUUUUAGAUGUUUUUGUUUCUUCUUCUUCUUCUUCUUCUCCUUCUACUUCUUCUUCUUCUUCUUCUUCUUCUUCAUCUUCUUGCGUGUAGAUUGUUCCAGAGCAAGAAGUGGUUUGCAUAUCGCUUUAUUUUCUGACGAUGCUUGAGAAAACGUUUGUGUUUAACGAAGAGAGAGAAAAAAAAAGGAGGUUGUAGCUGUAAGGUGGGGGAAUUUUAAACUGGUGCUGUAAAAGAAUCUGGAGAGGAAACUGACCUGAUGUUUGUAUGAAUGUAUGUUUGAACAGUUAUAUUGUAAACAUCACUACACGGAAACCCGAUGGUGGAAAUCCCAUGAACCUAGGAGAGCCAAUUGACUCCUAGAAGAAUACAUCUGUGCGACGCAUGUUCACAUGCUCAUCCUAAUCUCGAAUAGAAACCAUGUGUAAAGACAAUGAGCUACAAUCGACUCGUCUUAGUAUCAAACCUGCUCAAUUCAGAGACUCGCUAGGAUCAAGAAAUGUCUCAGCAAUACAAGAACUAAAUCAUUUGUUUAUAGUCGGUACGGGAUGCAAUCUGCAAAGAAACAAAAAAGGUUGGGAAUAUGCAAUUUCUUGUUUAUAAGCAUAGCGGGGUGACAUGAAUCUUUUUAAUAUAGCCUAUGUAAAAUAUUGAUUUUUAUACAAAUCUUUUAAUACAAAAAGUCUUUUUAAAAAAGGAGGAGGGGGAACCUGGACAUUGAGUUUGAGAAGCGAAAGUAUAUGAGUUCCACUUUUUUUCUGUACGAUUUUGCACAGGGACACCUUCGUUUCCAUGUUUUGAUGUUGAUACAGAAACGUAAACGCAGUACCCGAGAGCCUGAGUGGAGGGUGUCAGAGGGUUUUGUAAAGAGUAUUUAUAGAGUAUGACAGCGGGACUUACAGGGUCACUGUCCCCACUUAUGUGCCAGUAGACUAUUUGCACUUGUCCUUGAAGAUAUUAUCCUUACGUACGGCGGCGUGCAAUUUUUCCAGGUGACCUCUUUGGCACAGGAGCGGAGCAGCCAAACUGCUUGGAGCCACUGCAGACGUGAAUUUAGUACCACUGAGAGGAAGAACAGGGACUUGAAAUCAGAGAGGAGGAGGAUUCUAACCAUAGCAGUUAUACUGUAGGCGUAUAUCAAGUGUAAAAACAUUAACAAUGUUGUUUCAUUUUUGCUAUGUUUUAGGAAGAUGAAGUUAUCCCCCAGCAGCACUUUAUAUCUAAUCACUGUACAAAGGAUUAAAUAGUCAAUCAAUUCAAGGUUUGGAAAAAAAAAAAAAAGCAGAAGAAAUGGUGAACGAGACCUACGAGGGGGGACACAAUCCAGCGCCUCCCCUCGGCUCUGUUGUUCUAGUUGUUAGCGAUCAUGUUCAGAAUUUGCCUUUUUGAGAGCUAAUGCAAAAGGUGCUCGUCGUUCACCCGAUUGAAUCUCAUCUAUUGUACUUUACUGUCCUCUUUCAGGACCCUACUACCCAUCAUCCAUGACUGCAUACGCCUUUUUCCACAGCAUCGUGUCUGCAGCUUUUUGCCAAUAUAGUAAUGCUUCAGUAGAGUAAUAGCUAGUACAAGUUUUUGAAUUAAUUCUCAUUAUCAGUAAAAAGGGAAAAAGGGAUUUUAAAGCACAAACCGUUGGUACAUAAAUAACAAACUGAAUAGAGUUAUCUGUGACUAUCUCUAGGGAACACAAAAAGGUCGUCACAUAUUUAGAAAGCGGACUUUUCAUAUAAAUUAUUGUGAAUUCAUCAGAGUUUAUUAUUUUAUUUGAGCCGAUUGAUUUUGAGAUUGUUUUCAGUGACCAUUAACAAAGACAGGAUUUUGUAUAAACUAUUGUGCUCUCUGUGGAACUGAAGUUUGAUUUAUUUUUGUACUACACAGCAUGGAUUUGUUGACAUUUUAAUUUUGCUAUAAAUGUGUGAGAUCACAAGUUGCUGUGAUAUUUCAUUUAUAAAUUGUGAACUUUGUACAAUUUUUGUCAUGCUGGAUGUUGACACAUCUUACUCUGAAUAAAGAAAAACAUGUGUUGCCAGAG